GCAGUGCAAGACAAACAAGUAUAGUGAUUGCAUACUGAAUGCAGCACAAGAAUGUGUGACAGCAAUCCUGUCUUCAACCACUACUCAUCCCAUCCUUUUCAGCUCACUAUAUUUUUGUUCCUCCAACGACUCCUUUUGGUAUCAUGGAGAGCCCAAUGAGCUACUGGAAGGCAGAUAGAAGGCCACAUCUUGCAGUGACAGGUGCAUUCACAACUACUGCUUCCUAUCUCUCACAUUCCUUCCAUGAACUGCACCCAAUUUGAUUUGGAGGUCAAUUGCCACUCCAACUAAUACCAAGAAACAGAUCCAUGGCGAGUCAAUUGAUAUAUCCGUAGCUGAACUCCUCCCCCUUGUCAUCAUCACACUGUGAGCUCAUGUUGAAAUGUUCAUCCUUUGGCAACGUAGAACUGCUCCUUUAUAAGUUGAGGAUGAUCUCGAGUAGCUCAGAGCUUCCAAAACCAUGCCUCCAGAUCAAGCAAGAUGGCAAGGUCUACUCCAGGCUGCUGUCCACGGAGAGCUCCAUGGCCAAUUCUUCCUUUAGAGUCUACUACGGGGUGGCUUCAGGAGCUGUGCCAUUCUUGUGGGAGUCUCAGCCUGGAACGCCCAAGCACACCAUAUCGGUGGCCGACCUGCCUCCUCUCACUCCUCCACCCUCCUACUACUACUGCAACAUCACCGGGAGCAAGAACUCCAGGAGAUCCGCCAGGUCCGGUCUCCUCCAGACCAUACUCCCCAGGCUGGGCUUGGGGAAGCCCCACAGGUCGCCGUCCUCCCCGUCCAUGUCGUUCUCGUCAUCUUCCUCGUUGUCCCUGGCCAAUUCUGUCAGCUCCGGUCAUCGCAGAAGACCCUUGAGCCCAAGGUCGUCCUUCUCAUGGACGGGCGACGGCGAUGAGGAGUCCACUGACGGGUCCCGAGCACCAACACUCUGCUUCGGGGCGAGGCACAGGGCGGCCUCUCCGCGGUGCUCAUGAAGAAGUUGAUGUCGCCGGUCACCGGUAUGUGCGCGCGGUGAACUCUGUGGUGUGAAGUGUUCAUCUUGCCUUGGAAUAAUAAUCUUGGCUUGAAAGUUUGUAUGAUCAGUGAGCACAGCUCAUGCUCUUUCUUUAGAUCUUAGAUCAUCUUUACUCUCUACCACUGUCAUCUUCACUUAGGUUUCAUGUAAUCGUGACAGUAUAAAUUGGAGUCUUGCUGUUUCAAAUGUGAUGGUAAUAGCUUUGUUCACCAUCCAGCUUUGGAAGAACAUGUGGGUUGGUUGUAUCCUAGUGUUGUUGGCGAGGAGCAUACUACUACUUGAAUCAAUGUCAAAUCAUAUCACUCCAUGGUUCUGUCAUUGGUAGAAUCAUUAAAAU